CCCCCCCUUGCCCCCCCUAGUUUUGAUCCUGGGUACACCCCUGAUGGGCACUUAUGGUGAUGGUUUCCCACCAGUUGAUGAAGAUACAAGUAUUCAUGAGGGUUUUCCCAAGCACAUUUUUUGGACCAGCUCUACUGGUAUUCCUGGGUAUCAGUGGUUUUAUCUGUUCUAAAUAUUGAUUGUUUUAUUGCUUUGAUUGUACAAUGAAAGGUGGUUUAUAAAUAUUUUAGGUAAAGAAAGUAAAAUGGACAAAUUCCCUUUAAUUGACUGGGAACUCAGCUACAUUGGCAAAGAAAAAGCGCUUUAUAUGCUGUUUGUAUGCAUUAUAACAGAGGGACCCAGGUGGCGCUGUGGGUUAAACCACUGAGCCUAGGGCUUGCUGAUCAGAAGGUCGACGGUUCGAAUCCCUGAGACGGGGUGAGCUCCCGUUGCUCGGUCCCAGCUCCUGCCAACCUAGCAGUUCGAAAGCACGUCAAAGUGCAAGUAGAUAAAUAGGUAAAUGGAAAGGUAAAUGGCGUUUCUGUGUGCUGCUUUGGUUUGCCAGAAGCGGCUUUGUUAUGCUGGCCACAUGACCUGGAAGCUGUACGCUGGCUCUCUCGGCCAAUGAUGUGAGAUGAGCGCCGCAACCCCAGAGUCGGUCAUGACUGGACCUAAUGGUCAGGGGUCCCUUUACCUUUAUGCAUUAUAACACGGUGACACCAGAUGGCGCUGUGGAGUUCUGUUUUUGCCAACCCGAUUUCUCAUACAAAGUAUACACCGUGUUUAACUGAAACACUUCUUUUAUGUGUCUAGAUCCAGCCUGGGUUCCUUUUGGAGGGAGGGCAGGGUAGAAAUUUUGCAAGUGAAUACUGGUAUGGAACAAAAUCCCCCAAAGUUGUGGAUAAGUGGCCUUGUGGUAAAGAUGUCUGCUAUUUGUAACCCUGUCUAGUCUGUUGAAAGGCGUCUCCCAAUUAAGGGCACGUUGCAUAAACUUAACACACAUGACAGAUAAUUGGCCAGAGUUGCUACCUGCUGUUUUGAAGUUGCAAACCACGGAAUGUUGCAAACACUUAAGCCUUUGAAGUAAUUGUGUUUGUCACAGAGAAUGAGACUCAGCAUGGAGCAAUAUGCUGGACUAGAAUGCAGUACCCAAUGCAGAACCCAUUAAAUUGUUCUGGGCUGGCCCACCUAUGAGUCAAGAUGAGGCAACUGCCUCAGGCAGCAAGAUCCACAGGGGCAGCAGAUCCCGAUGUACCUGUAGAUCUCACCGCUUCUUCCCUGGCAGGAUGUGUAGGUGUGUGUCAUUUUGUGGUUCUCCUUAGGUGCCAAAAUGUCUCAGGCAGGCCCUGGUCCUGAAUAUUCUACUGAUGCUGAGGGAGAGACAAGGAAUUACUCUUAUUAAUGUUGCCUGAUAUGAAAUGCAGCCUCAAAAGGCUCCCAACUUCCUCCUGGCUUUAGGGGGAGAACAGGUUGUGCUCUAAAUGCAAUCUUCUUUUUACCAGCUGCAAAGAAAAGCAUUCUCAAACAAACUUUUAAACAAUUAUGUAAAUAUCUGAUCUGAGAUUGAUUUUAGACAGAUGGGAAAUAUCUUCUGGUGUCUGCAUUUUCAGACAACAGAAGGUUCAGAAUUAGCCUUGUACAAGCCCCUAAACUCCAGUUCAGUUCAUUUCAAAAUGUUUCAGAUGUGGCCUUUAGCUUCUGAGUACAAUUUUUUUUUGAGGAAAUUACAUUUUCUUGUGCAAGGUCACUCUGAAUGCAAGCAGGAACGGGUUGUUGCAAUGUGUCAACACAUUAUGAAACCUCUAGGUUUAAAUAAAAUUAGCAUGAGCCAUUAGCGUAUAGCUUUUGCAAUUAGUAAUGAAGUCAAUGAGUAACAAUCAAACCUUAUAGGAUGUUUUGUAGCAGGAGGGAGGAGUAUAGCUAAACUAACUAGAAAGUCUUGUUCCUGAGAAUACUGUACAGAGAGGUGUUGUCUUCCAUGAAUUUUGUUACCCUUCUUUGUUACUAUUUCAGCAAAGUGUUAAUUUUGGUCUGGUUAGCUGAGAACACACUGCUUGAAACCAAGAAUAUUUUGCUGGAGGUUCAUCUCUGAAAUAGCAAGACCAACCGAAUAGCACUUACUUAGAGUUACCAAAGAGACAGUUAUACAUAGUAACACCACAGACACAACAAUGAGUAACUCAAAUUCUGCUGAUUUAAUUCAUACAGGGGGAAAACAAGGUGGGAAACCAAAACGAGGCAAGAAAUUAAAACCGCAAGAAGAAAGUGAGGGUGAAAGUUCCUCUGGGGAGCUUAGAACAGAGAGUCCAUCAGAAGAUUCACCCAGAGAAAUCCUUCCAUAUGGUGAAUCAGAAGUUGUGUGCAGAGAUGGGGAACCUGCAACUGCGUAUGAAAAUGUUCCCUGCCAUCCACCUCACCACCCAAGAUGGUGGCUACCAGGCAUACGAAAAGAUGAUGAAUUCUUCCAUUUUGUCAUUCUUUGUUUUGCCAUUGGAACCUUGUUGGUUUGCUAUUACAGAUAUAAAGACUGGACCGUUUCCCUUGGUAUUGGUUUGAUGACCUUCGCAGCCUUAGAAACAACUGGAAUAUAUUUUGGUCUAGUGCACCGCAUUAGAAGUAUCCUGGAAAGUUUUAUCCCCCUGCUUCAGAGCAUCAGAAUGCCUGGUUUGAAAAAGAUUAACUAAAUCGGAGGUGUCAACAGAGCUGGGUGGAUCCUGUUAAUAUUGACAAGGUGUUUACAGGGCUAUUAUGGCCAAUGUAAAAUAACAUGUUAACCAUACAAAUGUGAAAUUUCCUCAGUUGGAGAGAAGAAUCAUGCUUACAGUGACUCCUUUGCUUCCUUGGUGUAUGUUGUGCCACGUGAGAUAUGUAAAAGCUGCCAGUCUUUUCGUAGUCAGUGGGUCUGUGGCUGUAUGCUGCAACCCCUUUGUGAAUGAAUACCAGCUAUUUCCACUCUGUCUUGUAUUUUACCAUGCACCAGCUCUCACCAACGCUGAACAUUGCUGCUCUUAUCUAUGGCUAAAAUCUCCUUCCCUAUACAGUGGUGCCUCGCUAGACGAAUUUAAUUCGUUCCACGGGUCUUUUCUUAUAACGAAAAAAUCAUCUAGCAAAUCCCAUAGGAAUGCAUUGAAUUUUUUUUUAAUUUUUUUUUGCCCAUAGGAACGCAUUAAUUGAAUUUCAGUGCGUUCCUAUGGGAAACCGCAAUUCGCUAGACGAAUUUUUCGUAAAACGAAUUCAUCUAGCGUGGCAACCUCCACUAGAAAAAACCUUUUGUUGAGCAGAAAUUUUGUUAAGCAGGGCAUUCGUUAAGCGAGGCACCACUGUACUUGGUCAGGACAAAGGGCUGUGUAUAGCCCAUGGCUACGUCAUGGAAAGUGCUUUACAUAUUCCGUGAGCCGGCUCAUAUGAUGAGUAGUAUGUGAAAUAGCUUCAAGACACGUUUCUCAUUGUGUGGGGAAAGCUAGUUCACAUGGUAAUCACUGUGCAUGACCACAGCUGGCCUGUGGAACAACUUGGAAGUGGCCUCCAUGUGGCAGCCAUGAGCCAUUGCAGUGGGACAGCUUCUGUUCAUUGUGGUGGAACUUCUAGGGAAGUCCUUGGCUGGUUCUUGCUCUUCAUUGUCCUAUCAUCCUGUCAUCCAUUUGCUUAUGCAGCAACACUGCAAGGCUUGCCAAUGUCACAGGAAUGAUGCCCCAUUUCUCGUUAACACAUGGGAUAUGCUUUAGAAAAAAGUUAUGCUACAUAAUGCAAGCAAUGGGCAAUCCUAAUGCCCAUAUCGUGAGCAUUAUUUCAAAGGUGAAAUUUUGUGUGCAAUGUUCCCCCAUCUCUUCAAAGAGUAGCUUCCGUUCUGUUGCUCUUGCAUUUAUCUGGAUCAAAGUGAAUGGGGCAUCAAGCACAAUGCUAUGUAUUACAUUUAGGUGAGAAAUUUUACUGUACCUUUACCAGGCUACUGUUUGUUUUGGUAAGGCAAUGAAAAGGCUGGGCUGUGUAAAUGUACAGUAGGGAACAAAGUCUUUAUUGUUUGAUGAAAGCAGUAAGAACUCUGAUGUGAACAUACCUGAUUUGCUUUAGUUCAUUAAUGUUUAAGACCUUUGGGCAGGUCUUAUUUUCUCUCAGCCAUUUGACCAAGAAUUCAGCUUCAAUACCUCUUCCAAUCUUCAAUCUUGACAACCUCAAAUUUUAAAAACUGGCGUUUGGGGGAAGGGAGGAACUGUGGCAAGGAAUUUUCUGAAAAGGGAGUACAAGCUCAAAUGGCAAAGUAAACUUGGAAGAUCUAGUAAUACCCUGUUUCUCAUAUUUUAAGACAUACCCAUAAAAUAAGCCAUAGCAGGAUUUUUAAGCAUUCAAGGAAUAUAAGCCAUACCCCGAAAAUAAGACAUAGUGAUAGGCGCAGCAGCAAUGCCGGCCACAGCAGGAGGAGGAGGAAAAAAAUAAGACAUCCCUUGAAAAUAAGCCAUAGUGUUUUUUUUUUUUUAGGAAAAAAUAAAUAUAAGACGUGUCUUAUAAUAUGAGAAACACGGUAUUGGUACUUCGUUUGUAAAAAACAACAACACAAAAUGUAGCUGAAACUCAUAAGCCCAUUGCUUUGAAAUAUUCCUACUAAAUCUGGGGAAAUAUUUUGAAAUAAAUGCGCUGUAUCAAACACAUAGGGGAAGAGCAAGUAUUUUUAAAAUUAGGAGUGGGAGGAAGUUCCUAAUCUUCUUAACUGAAUGUAAUCCAGCUAUUUAACCAAUAAUAAUUUAUAUUUAACUAAAAAUAUCUGUCAAAAGAACAAUGGCUUAAAUGAUUGGAAUUUAUUUCACCUUUGCUUCAUUUCAUGCUGGCCUGAAUGAUGUCUGAAUUGUGUCCUUUAAAAAAUGCAGUGUUGCUGUGUCGUUACAUUGAUAUACAUAUGAAAGGCUAGUGUUGGUGUUGACAAGUAACAGAUUUUCCAUUUUGUUAUUUGUGCAUGGUCCUACCUCUGCAAGUAUCAUGACUUCAUUUAGAAUCACAAAAGUCCAGUUGAGAAGUAAGGAUUGCUAUAGAUGCAGAAGGUCAGCAUCUCCAAAUGCACUUGAUGGCUACACACAUCUAUUCAGAUCAGGCACCACACUUUCAUGUGAGGCCCUGAAAUGUCAUUUGUAGAAGAGGGCAGAAUUAUAUUUCAAAGUGAAAUAGUUGCAUACCUCCUUUGGCUUCCAAAGGCAAGCCAAAUCUCGCUACCAAACAGACCCAUGCCUGGGAAAGGGAUAUAGCUUAGAGGCAGAGCAGUUGCUUUUAUGCAGAAGACCUCAUUAUCAUCCCUGGCAUCACCAGGCAAGGCUGAGAAUGUUCUGCCUGGAGUCCUGGGAAGCUGGUGCCAGUCAGUUUAGCCAAACUCAAGCUAAACGGACCAAUGAUCUGAUUGCCUAAUAAGGGAGUUUCCCAUGCCAGGCUUGCUGAAUGACAUUCCGGUUCAGGAACACCACUUUGGUGAACUCUACAGGAGCUCUACCUUGAAGGUUGCCAUGUCCUAGUUUUUUUUUACUUAAAGUUCUACACUGAUGUGACCUAACACACCACAUUAUUUAUGAAUUAUAAUGAGAUCUUGCUAUGUAAUUCUUGAUAGGGUAUAUAGAGAGGAAGCGAUCAAAAGGAUUGUUUGAAUGGCUUGUGUAGCAUAGGGUUUCUCCACUGGGAGACAAUAGGAGCCAUGUACACAUGCACAGGCACAAACAUGCUGCAGCUAAGUAGGUCUGCCCCUAGAUGGGAGACCAUCUGUGAGCAAUCUGCAAGCUUCUCUGAACUCUGCAGAUGAAGAACAGGAUACAAAUAAUGAAUAAAUAAUAAGAAGCUGCUGUUUCCUCCUCCAGUCCCUUAACCUCUGUUUGAUUUCCCCAUACACUCGAGAUGGCAUGCGCCACCUUGCUCCGAGCGCAGAUGGUUGAGCAGGCUAAUAAUAGAUCAUAAACCUCAGAGAAGCCCAAGGACAUGCUGUCUGUGGGUACUUGUUUGUUUUAAAUCAGUGAUGGGUGAGCCAGGGACUCAGUCCAGCUAUUCCAGCUCAGUCAGCACUGAUCUCAGGCAGACAGGACCAAGGGACAGAAAAUCAGGCUCUUGGCCUUCCUAAACCGAUGGGCUAUGUCGUUUUCUUCUCUCAGCACAUGCACAAGAAGUGUGUUUGGUCAGUAUUUAAGACAGGGAUGAGUAACCAACUCCCAUCAGUCUCCAGCCAGUUUGCAGGGACAGAGGCCAACAGCAGGUAGGAAACGGACACCAGAAAAUAUGAGCAGAAUCAGCUGGCGAUAGAGGAAGAGGAGGAUGGAAGAAAUAACAGCCCCACUACUCUUGGUGCAUGGAAUACAGUGCAUGGAAAUGUUUCACCUGAACAUAGGAAGCAGGUAGUUGAAGUGAAACGUUGGCUUCUGUAUAUCGUAUUUCACUACUGUGGCAAAUGGGAAGUAUUUCUAGACAAGCUGGCAGUUGUGUGAGAGAAAAACGUUUCUCAGGGCUAGUAGUACAAUGGAAACAGAAGAAGGGACUGAGAUGUCACAGCACUACAUUCAAAGCCCUAUGGUCAGCCAUAAAAUUCACAAUCCCACAAGUGUUUGGAGAAGAGAGAACCAUUAUAAAUCAUUUUGGUACAUUAAAUUACAGCAACUUACUUGGAUCUUUCUGUUUUAGGUUAUGUGCUAUUGCCUUAUCAUGUAGGUU